CUGUCUCUUUCUGUCUUUCUUCUUCGCCUGACCUCCCACCCCAACUCUCAUCGAUGGCUUCCACGCCCAACCCACGCAAAAAUGAGAACCCAAACAAAAAUGACACAAGUCCCAGUUACCCCACCACCAUCACAUCCCCAAUCUUCAUCUCCACGGAGUCUUUGCACUCCCUUCUCUCUCACCAAACCCUAAUUCACCACUUGCAAUCCUCUCUCGCUACAGUCUCAUCCACCCUGCAAACCCCAAUCCGCCAAAGCUACGCUGUUUCAUCCUCCUCCUCUCUCCUACUCAUGCCCUCUUGGUCCUUUUCUCCCUCCCUCCCUUACAUAGGCGUCAAGCUCGUGACCUAUUUCCCGCAUAACUCCUCGCUAAACUUACCAGGGGUGCAUGCAAGUUACGUUCUAUUCAGCUCCACAACCGGCCAAACUCUGGCUUCCAUGGACGGCACUGUGUUGACCCUUUAUAGAACAUCGUGCGUCUCAGGCUUAGCCUCGAAGAUUUUGGCUAGAAAUGAUAGUGAGACCCUUGUGAUGAUUGGUGCGGGUAAUUUGGCACCCCAUUUGAUCAAAGCCCAUCUUUCAGCGAGACCCAGUUUGAGAAGAGUGAUAAUUUGGAAUAGAACAAUGGAGAAGGCGCGAAAAUUGGCCGAGGAAAUGCAAGAAAAUGGUGGGUUUGAUGGGGUGAGUUUCGAGAGUAAUGGGUGUUUGGAGGAAAUUGUCGGAUUGGGAGAUAUCGUGAGUUGCGCGACGAAUUCGGAGACGGCGCUUGUGAAGGGCGAGAGUUUGAAGGCAGGGGCGCAUCUGGAUUUGGUUGGGUCGUUCAAGCAUUGUAUGAGGGAGUGCGACGACGAGGCACUAAGGAGAGGGAGAGUGUUUGUGGAUAACGAGGCUGCGUUGGAGGAAGCAGGGGAAUUGGUGGGUGCUUUUGAGAGAGGGGCGAUUGAGAAGGGAGAUAUUGCAGGAAAUUUGGUGGAGUUGAUAAAGGGAGAGAAGGUUGGGAGGAGUAAUUCUGAUGAAAUAACUGUAUUCAAGUCUGUUGGCUCGGCAGUUGUGGACAUUCUUGCAUCACAAUUGGGCCGGCCAAGAAUAGUCGUAGAGACCUUCAACCUCAUCUCCCGCUUCUCUAUAUUAGACUGCGGUCUCACCUUUGAGGAUACAACUAAUCUAUACAAUAUUUCCUUCCUUCUUGUGCUAUCAACGGUUAUGGAGAGGAAAUUCAGUUUUCUGAAAGAGAGAAAGAGAAGUCCUUCUGAUCUUCAAACAAGGUAUCAUAGAUCCUUCAAAUCAACUCUCAUCUUGGACUGGCGAAGAGUGUUGUAUGUGGAAAGGAAUUUGGUGUGACAACAUAACUGGGCAUGUCAACCAGCUAAAUCUUAGAAACCCAUAUGACCUCAAUAAUAAUGCAUAUGAAAGUUAUGUCCGGUCACAGUUGGGCGGGCUGAUAAGUGAUUCUCUAUUGGAAUUAAAGCAUCUUCACUAUUUGGACCUAAGUCAGAAUAAUUUUGAAGGUUAUCAAAUUCCAAGCUUCUUUGGUUACCUCCGGAAUUUGAGAUAUCUAAAUUUAUCAUAUGCGGGUUUUGUGGGUGGAAGUCCUCAUCAACUAGCGAAUCUCUCGAACUUGUACAAUCUUGGCAUUGGAGGUCUCUCUUUGCAAGUUGACAGUCUUGAAUGGUUAUCCCAUCUUUCUAUGUUAGAAUUCCUGGACAUGAGUAUGGUCAAUCUGAGUAAAGCAUCUAACUGGUUACAGGUGAUAAACAUGCUCCCUUCUCUAUCAGAGUUACGCUUGUCUUAUUGUAAUCUUGAUAAGUAUGAUCCUAUUCCUCGUGUUAAUUUUUCAUCUCUAACCGUUCUUGAUCUUUCAAAUAAUUGGUUUUCUAAUUCAACAUUUGACUGGCUUCAU